CGGGGGCAGACAACCACCCUGUGGCCUAGAGGCAUUGGUCAGCUACUCAGCUCAUGCGGUUGAGCUAACACAGAUCACACCGGAUCAGCUUGUUUAGAUUUAAGCAAACGGCUGCUUAUAAUAGGGAAUAGAACAAAAGGACCCGGAUCAGUAAGCUGCAAACGUUAUCGACCAUGCUUCCAUGCAUGUAGAUAAACUCGCAAGUACUGAUCCUGUGAAGGUUAAGGUGAGGUUCUCUGAUGAGCCGUCAUGAUUCUGUUUGGAACUGCUUGGAAUUGCAGAUUUUCCCAACCAAAGCCACCAAACUCUCAUCGCGCCAUGGCGUCAGUCCAUAUAGCCUCACACUCAAACCUUCUGCAAGCGACCACCCAAUCAAUAGUUCGUUCAUUCAUUCCUUGGCCGAAUCAAUCGCAGAGAAGACGACGCGAAUGGAAUUCAGCAGCAGCGAGCUCGCCGGCCGUGGUCCCCUGCAGCUGCGGCGUAGCGGUAGCGGUCGCCGCCGCCGCCUUUCUCCUCCUCCUUGUCGUCUUGUUCUUCUCCUCGUGCUGCUCGCCGCCGCCGGCGGCCACUCGCCUGCCGCCGCCAGCAUCUUCGGCGGCGACGCGGCAUCGGAGUGCAGCCGGACUUGCGAGUCCGAGCACUGCGCAGCGGCGCCGCUGAUGCGCUACGGCAAGUACUGCGGCGUCUCCUACACGGGGUGCCCCGGCGAGGCCCCCUGCGACGCCCUCGACGCCUGCUGCGCGGCCCACGACGCCUGCGUCCAGGCCACCGACGACGACUACCUGAACACAUGGUGCAACCAGAGCCUGCUGGACUGCGUGGCGGCGGCGAGGCCGGCGGCGGCGGCGACGACGUUCGAGGGGAACCAGUGCAACGCGACGGAGGUCGCCGACGAGAUCGCCUCCGUCGUGGAGGCCGCCGUGUACGCCAAGGGCAUCCUCCACAGGCCGUAGCCUGACAGCAGGGUGACGUGGCUGACGCGGACACGCGCAGGCGGUCGAAAGGGAAAGCGGUGGCUGGAGCCGGUGGCUUAAAAAAAGGCUGGUGUACGUACGUGUAGACGACUCGGACGACGUGGUUGUCGUCGUCUCGUCCCUUUUCUCUUUUCUUUUUUUUCUCCCCAAUCUGUAAAGAUCAGAUACAGUGCGAUUUAGAUCAAGCAUGGUUUUGUUGGAGUUGAUCUCCAGGCCUGAUCCAAAUAUCAUGCCAGACUCCUUGAUGCGCCCUGAUCAGGGGCGUCCAGUCCAUAUAACUGGUGGGCUCCCGUCGCCUGUGUUAGAUUUAAUAUGGGCUUGGCUCAUAUUUUAUUUAAUUAAAUCAAACAAAUUCUAAAAUCCAUAUUAAA